AUGGAUCGUCUUAACCCAUCUUCGAAAGAUUGUAUAGUUCCACUAAUUGAAGAAAAUUCCCCCUGUAUUUAAACAAACAAACCAGAGAUUGAUCCCCACUUUUUAUUACCACAAUUUACACAAAUGAUGUAAAACCCAGAUUUCUUUCUGUAAACUGUUUAAUUAGAGUAACUUAAACAGAUGUAAUCCUCAUUCUAUUCACAAAUGAAUAAUAUCCCUCUCAUUACGGAAGAACCUAGAGUAAUGGAUUUAUUUACAUAAUAACUUUUAUAACAAUAGCUUAUUUUAAAUGCGGCAUUAUUAAACCAAUUCCAAGGUGUUGAAAAUAUUAAUUAUAGUCAAACCAAAGAUCUCGUGGAUAAUAAAAUAAAAAGAAAACACAUCAAAAAAUCUCACAAUCCUUCUUUUAAUAAUGGUACUGUCCUCUAUUCUAUUUAAGGUCAUUGGAGCGCACAGGAACAUUAAGUCUAUCUAACAUUUUUGUAAUAACAUAAAGAUGUGAUGGAAAGCUCUGAGUUAAAGAAGACCAAUAAGAUAUUUAAACUUAUGUCCGACAUAAUUAAGUCUAGAUCUCCUUCCCAAUGCCGUUCUCAUCAUUAAAAAUUCAAUCCCUAUUCCAAAUACUUAGUUAAUAAUAAUAUUGUUCGUAGAAAAAUGAAGGAACAAAUGUUGGGUGAUGCUCAAUAACAAAAACAAUCAAAAUUAGAGAAUGACAAUAUUCAACAAUAGUCCCAAGAUUCAAAUUAGAAGAUUGAAUUCUAAUAGUAAGAUUCUAAUUAAAAAUUGGAAUCUUAAUAAUAAUUAUUGGAAUCGAACGUGAGAGAUGAUCAAUAAUAACUGAGCGGUUAAGAAUGA